GAAUUAUUCUGAUCAGUGCCAAUCAAGCGUGUGUUUCUUUAUUCGAAGGGAGAUUUUCAAAUGUGAAAGAUCGGUGUCGCAUUUCGGCAGAGCUGAAAAGGGAAAAGGGCGAUGGGAUGACGUUUCCACGGACCUUCCGUGCUUGCUCUACGAACCUCGGGUGCUCGGCUACGUUCAUCAUAUGGCUCUCUAUUCUCCAUCCUCCUUCGCGGAGAGAGAGCACGCUUGAGGCUUUCUGCCCGCUUUCCCACCCAGACUGAUAUUCUUCUUUUACUUUCUCUCGCUGUUCCUAACAAUAUCCUUUUCCCCGUUAUCAUCUCCAGUCAUGAGAUAGCGAGUCUCGGAGUUAAUAUAUCCACCCAAUAACCCCAUACCACCUACCACCUCCGCUCCGCAAUCGGUUCCUGAUAAUCCAAAGUCGUUCCUCCCACCGAUCCCGAUAGCCCGUACCUGUCGCGUGCUGUAAUCAUGGCCGGUCAAUCCAAGGUGGAUGCCCUACCUCCAUGGGGUAGUGCGAUUGCUGGCUCUGCUGGCGCUGUACUGGCGAAUGCUUUGGUGUAUCCAUUGGACAUCGUCAAGACAAGGCUCCAAGUUCAAGUCAAGCGAGCGGCUUCUUCUGCCGACGGUAAUCCUGCCGACGACGAACACUAUACCUCAACCCUCGAUGCGAUUUCCAAGAUAGUCAAGGCAGAUGGUGUCCCGGGCCUUUAUGCUGGCAUGCCCGGAGCUCUUCUCGGUGUCGCCUCAACAAAUUUUGCCUACUUCUAUUGGUAUACGGUUGUACGCACGCUCUACUUUGGCUAUCGUAAAUCUACUGCGCCCCCGGGCACCGCCAUCGAGCUGUCCCUUGGAGCCGUUGCCGGAGCCGUCGCACAGCUGUUCACUAUCCCUGUGGCAGUAGUAACCACUCGACAGCAGACGGUCAGCAAGCACGAGCGUAAGGGGUUGAUCGAGACUGGCAAGGAGGUCGUAAACAGUGAGGAUGGCUGGACAGGACUGUGGAGAGGACUUAAAGCCAGUCUUGUCCUUGUCGUGAAUCCUGCGAUCACAUAUGGUGCCUACCAGCGCCUGAGAGAAAAUCUCUUCCCUGGCAAGAAGAACCUGAGGCCCGCCGAAGCGUUCCUUCUCGGUGCUCUCUCCAAAGCUCUUGCGACUAUUGCAACGCAGCCACUCAUUGUAGCCAAGGUUGGCCUCCAAUCGAAACCUCCGCCCGCGAGAAAUGGAAAGCCAUUUAAGACCUUCAUCGAGGUUAUGCAAUAUAUCAUUCAGCAUGAAGGCCUUCUAGGCUUGUUCAAGGGAAUUGGCCCUCAGAUCUUGAAGGGCCUUUUGGUCCAAGGAUUCUUGAUGAUGACCAAGGAGAGGAUGGAACUUGCAUUUAUCCUCCUUUUCCGAUACUUCCGUCAAGUCCGCGCCGAACAGCUCAGGAAACUGGCUGAUCUUGCUGCUGAGAAGGCUAAACAGGGCGGCCCGCUCCUUACCAAGUAAAUGGUUCAGGAAACAUCUAUAUCUGACUACUUAUUGUACAUUUUGCAUUGCUUCUAGAUACCUGUACACGAUCUAGAUUUCCGUUUCGAUGUUACUGUAUGGCGUUUUCACGACUGUUUACAGGAAUCCGCGUCCACAUAGGGGAUUCUCUACAUGAAUAACAUAUCAUCUCAUUAUCAUGAGAUGGAUGGCUUUUUGGUUCACUAUAUGCCGAGCUUUUAUCAACGUGACUUGGGUAUUCUGUCUCUUGAUCCAUUGGCUCUAGAAGCGGUGAAAUGAUUCCGGUAUUCUAGAUGCAAUAAGUCGGAAGUAGCUAUCACACAUGACAGCUGAUUCAUGUAGAGUUUGUAUGUUGUGGCGUUUGUGAAGUGUGGCAUUACUUUCAAUGAUAAUUCGGAAACAU